AUGAGGGUCGUGGAAGGCAUGGAGAACAUGGAGGACAUCGACUAUGACACAGCCGAGUUCCACCAGCCAGACGCAUCAAAUUUGCUGUGUAUAGAGGCACAAGACGACAAGACGAAGAAGAAUAAGAAGACCAAGGAUCCAGAGAAGUCGACCAAGCAUCAGUUGUUCUUGGAUCGGAUUGGCAAGAUGAAAGAUAUCGACGUCUUCACUCCUCGCUGCGAGGCGCUUAUAGAACUCUACAAGGACAUUCAGAAGAGAUACCCUGGGGAGAAGAUCAUCAUCUGGAGUCGUUUCUACAAAGGCCUAGUCAUCAUCGCUGAAGCCAUGCGCCGCGGCUAUGAGAUCAAUGUUCCGAUCUUCUCAGGGUUGCUCGACACGGAGCAGCCAGACAACAUGCUGUACACAUGGUAG